GAAUGUAGGCCAGUUUAGCUCGGCACAGCAUACGGUACACACAUAAAAUAGAGUCUUUCGCUACGGAAACGGUUUUGAAAUUAUUGUUAGAUCCGACUUCAAAAUGUGCAAUUGUGACAACUAUACACCUUCGUGUUCCGCCACGUUCUAUCCAAUAUGGUGCAUGGUAUGGGGUGGCCUUUCAUGUCUAUCUGGAAUCAUUAUGUUAAUCCAAGGGCGCGUGGGCAAUUUUUGGUAUUACGUCGAUUAUACCCCUUACGGUGCUAUAGCGCUUAUUUUUGGACUAUUCUAUCUUUUUGGUGGACUAAUGAUGAUGCUUGGUGUUAGAAUGAAUAAGAAGAACCUUUUUAAGACCGGAAAAAUCCUGAGCUACUUUUAUGCUAUUCCUUCUUUUGGUUCUAUAUUCAUUUUAAUUGUCCACAUCUUCGCUGUAAUCAAACUGUGCAGAUAUAUUGAAGGUCGCUGGGGAUAGCUGUCUAAAGAUUUCAGAUUUCAGUUUUUAUUCGGAGUUAAACCUUAAUUGAUUAUAUAAUCCACGAGAUCUCUACAAAUUAACCAGUUUUCAAUCAAGUUACGGCAAUUGUAUAUUUUACUUGGAAUAUCCCCUGAUGGUGUGGAAUGCGGCUAUGAUGAAAUUAAAUGUGUACGAUUUCAGAUGUUAAAACGGCUUAUCCAAAUUUUAUUGUGUCUAGUAAAAAUCAUGUGUUCUUCAGCA